AUGACAAACAUAUACCUGCCCUCAACAAGCCCCUACAUCAGCCAAGCGACAUGGGCAGCCGCCAUCAACCACCUCUUCAACGGGCCAGAGUCAGAAGUUGAAGCGACUUUAUCGAGGCUUUACAGCAAAGACUGUGUUGUGAGGAGAAAGGGGGACAGGCUGAGCUGGGCCGCCAUCUACGCCCAGGUCAUGAAGAUACGGCAGCAGAUCAACUCUAUACAAAUCACCAGUCAGCGCUGGGUACGCAACGGAAGCCUCUUCGCGGAAAAGCAUACCGUCGUUGCGGCUUACAAGAACGGCAAGGGGGGCAUGUCUGAAGUCAUGAUGAUGGGCGGGCUCAAUGAUGAUGGCACUGCCGCGUGGCUGGACGAGAUGUCCCGUACCACUGUUACUCCCUUGUUUCGGGUGCAGUGGUAG